GAAGAAAGCAACAUGAUAAUGAAAGAAAAACCACUCAUCCAACCAGAACCAAAAAAGAAAAAAAGAAAAGAAAAGAAAAAAUCAAAACCAAUCAUCCCAAUCCCCACAUCCAUUUGGCUGAAGCCUUCCCCCACCAGAAAAGAAAGAGAGAGGGGGGAAAAAAGGAAAAAGGAGAAGAACCAUCACAGCCAAGCAGCCUUUUGCUACCUGCAGCCCCCACUUCCCCUGCAGCAUGGUGCAAGUUGUAACAUGAUCUGAUCUUCCACUACUCCCAUUUUGUUGGGAGGAAGAAAGAAGGCAUACAGAGACACACCAUAGAAUGAUGCAUGGUGGUGUUGGUAACAGCAGCAGCAGCAACAGGAGCAUAGUAUGGUUCAGAAGGGAUCUGAGGGUGGAGGACAACCCAGCACUAGCAGCUGGGGUGAGGUUUGGGGAGGUGGUGGCAGUGUUCAUCUGGGCCCCUGAGGAGGAGGGUCCCUACUUCCCUGGGAGGGUGUCAAGGUGGUGGCUCAGCCAGAGCCUCCUCCACCUGGACUCCUCCCUCAGGAACCUUGGCACCUCCCUCAUCACCAAGAGGUCUUUUGACACUGCCUCCACCCUCCUAGAGAUUGUCCACUCCACUGGUGCCACCAAUCUCUUCUUCAACCACCUCUAUGAUCCUCUGUCUCUUGUCAGGGACCAUCGUUUGAAAGAACUUCUGACGGCUCGAGGCAUAACGGUCCGUUCAUUCAACGCGGAUUUGCUCUAUGAACCAUGGGAAGUUUAUGAUGACAAUGGCAGACCAUUCACAACUUUUGCACCUUUCUGGAAUAAAUGCCUUAGCAUGCCUUAUGAUCCAGCAGCACCAUUACUUCCACCCAAAAGAAUAACAACAGGUGAUGUAUCAAUGUGCCCCUCAGAAACUCUGGUCUUUGAGGACGAGUCUGAGAAAGGAAGCAAUGCUCUUCUUGCUCGAGCAUGGUCACCAGGAUGGCGUAAUGCUGAUAAGUCCCUGACUGCGUUUAUUAAUGGGCCACUCAUUGAGUACUCUAUCAAUAGGAAGAAAGCAGACGCUGCGACUACAUCUCUUCUUUCUCCUCAUCUACACUUUGGGGAGCUAAGUGUCCGCAAAGUCUUUCACCUUGUCCGCAUGAAGCAACUUGUGUGGACUAAUGAGGGAAACAAAGCAGGUGAAGAGAGUUGCAACUUGUUUCUCAGAUCUGUCGGUCUUCGCGAGUACUCCAGAUACCUGAGUUUCAACCACCCAUGCAGUCAUGAAAGGCCUCUUUUAUCUCACCUUAGGUUCUUUCCUUGGGUGAUCGAUGAGGGUCAUUUUAAAGCUUGGAGACAAGGUAGAACAGGCUAUCCUCUGGUAGAUGCUGGUAUGAGAGAGCUUUGGGCAACUGGCUGGCUGCAUGACAGGAUACGUGUGGUGGUAUCCAGUUUCUUUGUGAAGGUCCUGCAACUUCCUUGGAGGUGGGGGAUGAAGUAUUUCUGGGAUACACUAUUAGAUGCUGAUCUUGAAAGCGAUGCCCUUGGCUGGCAGUAUAUUUCUGGGACUCUUCCCGAUGGUCGCGAGUUGGAUCGCAUUGAUAACCCUCAGUUUGAAGGAUACAAAUUCGAUCCAAACGGGGAAUAUGUGCGCCGCUGGCUUCCUGAGCUGGUCAGGUUGCCAACUGAAUGGAUACACCACCCAUGGGAUGCACCUGAACCUGUGUUACAAGCUGCAGGAAUUGAACUGGGUUCCAAUUACCCUCUUCCCAUUGUAGAAAUAGCUGCAGCUAAAGCCAGACUGCAAGAAGCUCUCGCAGAGAUGUGGCAACUUGAAGCUGCAUCAAGAGCUGCAAUAGAGAAUGGAACAGAAGAAGGCCUUGGCGACUCCUCAGAGCUGCCGCUGAUUGAUUUUCCUGAAGAAAUGCAAUUGGAAGUGCACCUUGAACCAUUAAGGAUUACUAAUAAUUCCCCAGCUGUAGACAGGAGACAUGCAGAUCAGAUGGUUCCUAGCAUGACUUCUUCAAUAGUUAGAGUUGAGGAAGAGGAAGUUUCUACAGAUGUAGGAAACAAUGCUGGAGAUAGCAGACAGGAAGUGCCAUCAAAUGUAAAUUUCGAUGCGGAGCCUGAAAGAGAAGAAAUCAAUGGAGGUGGCCUUCGAACGGCGAGGGAUAAUGUUGUUCAACAUUUUAGUCCAGCCAGGCUGCAGAUACCUGCGCAGUCCACGGCGGAUUCGUCGAGUAGCUGGACAGAAAGAGAUGGUGGUGUGGUUCCAGUUUGGUCCCCUCCAACAGCAUCUGGCCGUUCGGAGCAAUUUGUGGCUGAUGAUACUGGCAUUGCGAGCAGCAGCUAUUUGCAGAGGCAUCCUCAAUCUCACCAACUGAUAAAUUGGAGGCAGCUUUCACAGACUAUCUUGCAUGACAGGACAAGAACUUGGGAGUUGGAGAAUGCGGUGCCGAAUGCUAUUGGGUAAUCCAUAAACUCCAUAAUAGAAGAUAACUCAUGCAAAUUAGUUGGUCUUCUCUCUUUGUAGCUUUAUCUACAUAUAAGCAUCAUACUUUCUGAAUGUUAAUUUGAGCAGACAAUCAAAAUCUCUGCUUCUGCUGUGCCAUAUAGUUUGUUGCAUAAUAAUUCAUAAGAGGACUGUAUUAUUCAUCAGAUCACCUGAAUUUUCUAA